GUACCAUCUAAGACAUCAGUCAGCUUACAAGCAAGGUACACUGACAACCAUGUGGAAGGUAAUAUUGCUAAUGAUCUCCGCGAGUGUUAUCGUCCAGUUGACUGAGGCGCAGAGCGGAGCAGAGAGCUUAUCCUUCCACGGCUACAUUCCUGGUGAAACUAUUAGGGCGAAGGCUCCCAGAGGUGACGGUCAGCCCAAUGACAUUUACCUCGUCUUCGAAAAUCCUCCUGCACUAAAAGACGGAGAAGUGGUAAUCUAUCCUCGUAACACUGAUGGCCUCGGCCUCGAGUACGGUCAGGACCCCGAGGAGCGAGUCUACCAAAUUCACAACACAAACAAGCGGCAGUUCAACAAGCAUAACAAGCACUCACAUGAUCAAAACAAGAGCAGUGGCAAGAAGUUCAAACGAGCUGCCACUGUCCUCGAUACCGUCGUCCAGUAAGCCCUUCCCUACAACUGCUCUUCCUGGAUAUCCAUUUUUGUAAAUAUCCCUUCCUUAAGCACAGUCCUACUAAACCGUUCAUGUCAUACUAACUAAUUGCUCCUCGUGAUCUGCCCUAAUCAUGCCCAGUAUUCCCCGCAUUAACAUCAUAUUGUUUAAUGUUAAAAAGCAUAUGCGUCCAAAGAAAGCAACUUAUUCUGUAGUCUGGCGAUUCUACUCUCCUAACAUCCACUCCAGAAUUCCAUCAUCCAUUCCCUUCACACCCAUUACCGGGAGUCCAUCAUCCAACCCUCUCACGCCACUCCUGGAGUCCAUCAUUUACCCCUCUCACACUCUUUCAAAGAGUCCAUCAUCCACUCCUCUCACACCCACUACCAGGAUUCCAUCAUCCAUCCCUCUCACACCCACUCCUAUAGUCCAUCAUCCAUCCUUCUCACACCCACUACCAGCAGUCCAUCAUCUAUCCCUCUCACACUCCCUCCAGGAGUCUAUCAUCCAUCCCUGUCACACCCAUUACCAGGAUUCCAUCAUCCAUUCCUCUCACACCCAUCAGCAGGAGUCCAUCAUCCAUUUCUCUCACACCCAUUACCAGGAGUCCAUCAUCCAACCCUUUCAUGCCACUCCUGGAGCCCAUCAUCCAUCCCUCUCACACCCACUCCAAG